AUGCAGACCAAGAAUGUUAGCAACCAGGGCUGCGGAGUGCCUGUUCGUUACAAAGGCGACACUUUCGUGCCUGUUGGUAUUGUUGGAUGUGCCUUGGCUAUAGUGGCGUUCGUCCUAAGGAUGGCUGCCAGUAUAGGCAAGAACGGCCGCCAGGUGUCAUGGGACGAUCUCACAAUGGGAAUCGUGGUCUUGCUUGCUAUACCUCCUGCUGUAUUCGGCCACUUCUUGGUGGAAAACGGUCUUGGACGAGACAUAUGGACGCUGAAGGCGAAUCAAAUCACCAACGUCCUAUUCUACUACUACCUGGGAGAGAUCUUCUACGUGACCGGCCUAGGUAUCUCCAAGAUCUCCAUCCUCUUCUUCUACCUUCGCGUCUUUCCGGCAAAAAGCUUUCGAAUUCUCACAUACAGUGUGAUGGGUUUAUGCGGGCUUUACACCAUUGCUUUCUUCAUCGUAACUGUCAUCCAAUGUCGGCCCAUCAGCAUGGCCUGGAAUCAGUGGGACGGACUCCACAAGGGCACAUGCAAUGACAUCCAUCUUCAAGGUUGGAUCGCCGCUGCUAUAAAUAUCUUCUUAGAUGCUGUAGUAAUGGGGCUCCCGAUGAAACAUUUGGCAGGGCUGAACAUGAGCUUGAAGAAGAAGCUCAUGGUCAUGUCUAUGUUUGGCGUUGGAAUUUUCGUCAUUGUCAUCUCGAUCAUCCGCCUGGAAACACUCAUCCAUUUCUCGAACACGCAAAACAUUACUUGGGACUACGUCGAUGCCGGUCUAUGGAGUCUUAUCGAGAUCGACGUCUCGAUCGUUUGCGGAUGCAUGCCUGCACAUCGGAUGUUGAUUGCCAAGUUCUGGCCGAAGGUAGCAUCGACAUUCGCGUCAAGUAGGAACACUUCGAGCAAAGGAACUUCCAACAGCAAAAGAUCAAAGUUCAGCACCAACAAUAGCUCCACAGCCGGCGGUCCAGAGAAGUCAGUACGUCUCUCCAUCAAACCCAAAGCAAGAGACGAAGACCAAUUCAUCCCGUUAGACGACAUGGACAGUAACAGUGACCGGGCGAGGUUAACAAGGACGGAAGAGGACCCGGAAAGAGACUCUGGAGGAUGGAUCAUACAGACUCAUGAAGUGGAAGACUGGGGCAAGCCUGCCACGAUGGGAAAGGAACAUGUCUGA